AUGGCGGUUGCCGACGUUUUACGCCUGGGUUUGUGUGCGCUGCUCAUCUUGAGCGCGGCCUCUCAGAGCUGCUCUUCCAAUGAGUACCUCCGCCCUGCCUCUGGCACGACAUCCGCCUCAUGCCAGCCUCUGACACAGUGCAACGCCGAUGGCUGCACCUCUAACGGUCGUGACUAUCGUGGCCUUCUCAAUGUGAGUCUUCAUGGCUUGACAUGUGCCACUUGGGGCUCCGGUGACGUCCCAGGCAGCAGUACCUACACGCCCACCAACUACCCCAACACGGGCCUCGGCGACCACAACUACUGUCGCAAUCCUUAUUGUAACCUCUGCAACCUCAUCGAGGUGACUGCUCCCACAGCCACCUCGGAUCGUGUGUGUGGCCCAGCCCCGGGAAAAGUUUCUCCUCCUGAAACAACUACGCAAGCCGCUCGCACGACGAGCGGCAGUACCACUCCCCUGACAACAGGCGUGGCCUCAUCAACCACGGGCCCGGCGACCUCAGCAACGAGUACGAUGCUGCCGACAUCAACGGUCACCACAACGAUGGCACCAACCACCACCACCACCACCACCACUACCACCGCCACUGAGCUCGGCGUUAACCUGCUGCCCAAUGGCCUGCUGCACCUGGACGGCUCCUCGGGUACUUAUGUGGAGCUUUCGGAAGCCGUGACAACGUCAUUCUCUUUUGCCGCCGUUGUGCUGCAGGCUGCCGACAACGCUGGCUACAUAAUGGCUAAAACUGAUGCCGCCGGCUCACGAUAUUACGCUCUCUACUCGGGGUUUGGUGUUGUCACACUCAUGUAUCGCAUUGCUGGCUCAACCACCAUUCGCACCGCCACGUUCUCCGUUGAUCUCCGCGAUGGUGAAUUACAUGAGGUGCUGUUUCGCGUGCAGGGAACUACUGCGAGCCUGAUUGUGGAUGGUGUGGCGAACAUUGCCAGCAUCAAUGCCGCUGUUGACGAUUGCGGUGCAACCAGCGAGACUUGCCUCUUUUCCUUGGGCACCCGCAUCGGCAGCUCCUCCAACCUGAUGGGUUCCAUCGCCGCAGCCAGUCUCUAUCCCAGCGAAGCACUCACCACAUUUCCCCAAGCUGUGCGUGACCGUGCGGCCCGGCAGUACACAACCACCACCGAGCCUACCACGACGGUCACCACGACCACUUUGACAACAACGGGCUCGCCCACUUCAGCGGUCUCGAGUAGCACCACAGCCCCGCCCCCAACCUCAUCGUUUACGACGACAACGACCACCACCACCCCAGGUGUUGUGUGCUCGCACGAUGAGUACCGUACCAUGAGCAACACGUGCCAGUCCUUGACCGAAUGCCAGUUUCUUUGCAAUGGCACCAAUUGCAACGAUUUCACCCGCUGCACCAGUGGAUGUCGUGCUUGCAUCCUCGGCACAGAGCUUUCCUUUUGUGUUCAGUGCACUUCAACACAAUGGUUAUUUAACGGUCGCUGCUACGCGUCGUGCCCCAACGGCACUCGCGAGGCCGAUGAAAACUUGGGUCGGCUUUGCCAAGCCGAUGACCCCAGCAUCGUGGUGCCCACACCCGAGCUCGAAUAUCAGGCGCAAGCACCAACUGCCACAACCGAUCGCGUGUGUGCUGUCGACUCCCCUUGCUCCGCAGGGCAGUACCAGUUGGCUGCUGCCACCCCUACUUCGGGACGUCGCUGCCUCAGCUGUCCUGCAGGCUUUUCCGAUCACGAUAGCAAUCCGCUCACGCCCUGCGCUCGCUGCGGUGAGGGCCGUUAUGUGCCCGCGGGUAGCGCCGGCCGCUGCGAUGACUUCAACUGUUUUGGUACCAUCGACGUGGAUCGCUAUGCCGGCACGCCGUGCCAAACAUGCUUUCCUGGUGUCUAUCUACCCGAAAGAGCUGUUGGGCUUUGCACCGAGUAUCGCUGCGCAUCGGGAUCCGUGGAUGACGAUGACGAUGCGACCACGCCAUGUGUGGCGUGCGCUGCUGACAGCUUUCAAGCCAAUCGGGGUGGCACGUUCUGUCUCCCCAUGGCUCAGUGCAGUGCUGGCCAAUUUGUGACCGUGACUGGGACGCCAUCUUCAGAUCGGGCCUGUGGCAGCUGCAUUGCUGGGCAGACGUACAGCGUGUCAGUCAACAGCCCUGCAUGCCUUCCCGUGGAGCCCUCGGCGUGCGCUGAUGACGAAUUUGAAGAGGCUGCUCCGACAUUGACAAGCAAUCGUGUCUGCAGCAAGAUUCCCACAACGACGGAGGAUCCCUGUUUGAGCUGCGCCCCGGAGAGCGAGUGUCUUUUGGCCUCAUUUUGUGAAAACGGGGCCUGCACCACGCAGGCCAACAAGCCAGACGGCACCGGCUGCGACAGUGUAGAGACAGAGUGUCGCGAGGCAGCCACCUGUCAAAUGGGCGAGUGCACCGAGGGAGCCAUACUGGUUGAUGGCACCACCUGUACCGGUGAUGACAUUCGCUUUGUUUUUUUCACCUCCACGCCAUUCCCAACGACCACUGAGGCGCCAACCACGACACUCCCGCCGACCACAACGAUCCCUACCACCACGGCCUUGAGCUGUGGCGCUGACGCAUACGAAGCUCCAUCCUGUGCGUUAUUUUCUACCGAGGAUGAGUGCUUGGCCCACCCUCACUGCCAGGUCAACAGCGAAGGCACAGCCUGCGUUUACGAGAAUGACAUCCCUGAUUCGAUGUUGGAUGCGCGUCGCCGUCGUGAGGUUUGUUCGGGUUUGAGUCCGAUCGAAUGCGGCAAUGCUGCCGACUGCUUCUAUGAUCCAGAGGCGGGAUGCAGCUCGCUUGCCGUGACGACACCCGAAGCCACCACUGCGCUCGUGAUUACUGACGAGGCAGAGACGACCACCACGCAAGAAACGACCACUGCACCUGAGAUUUUUUGGGAAGAGACAACCACCGCACCCGUGGCGGUUGAAGAUGAAGUGACUUCAACAUCUGCAGACCUCGAGGAGACGACGUCCGAACGCAUUAUUGAGACGAGCACCCAGGAUCAAGAGACGACUACUCCCACCGCCACUACCACCACCACUACCACCACCACCACCACCACCACUACGACUACCUUCACAUUUGUCGUGGAUGUGGGUGUAGCUCCAUUCAUUUGCGUGCCGCUCCACGAGUGCGACGAGACAGAGUACGAGUCUUCGGCACCAACUGCUACCACGGACCGAUCAUGUCGCCCACUUACCGUGUGCAAUGGCGAACAAUACGAGCUGGUGCCGGCGUCCACAACCAACAAUCGCGUUUGCGCCCCGCUCACUGUCUGUGAUCCCCUCAUGCAAUAUCAAGCCCGCUUGCCUACCCCAACGUCGAACCGCAUCUGCGAGAGUUUGACGCAGUGCAACGCCACUUUUCAAUACCAGUCAGUCGUGGCUACCGCGACGAGCGACCGGCAAUGCGCAGAACAAACCUUUUGCACCGAGGAUGAAUACGAGCAACGGCCCGGCACGUUGACCUCGGCUCGAGCAUGCGCCUCGCUCACCGAGUGUGUGAUCGGCGAGGAGAUUGUUUCUGAACCCACCUACAACCAGAACCGCGUGUGUAGUGCGUGUGCACCUGGAACCAUCGACGACGACUCCAACCCAAGCACGCCGUGCGUGGACUGCCCCAAGGGUCAGUAUCAGAAUGCAGCUGGGCAAACAGCCUGUUUGGAUGCAGCUUACGUUUGCCCUCGAGGAACGUACGAGGCAGCAGAGCCAACUAGUAGCACCUCGCGACAAUGCGCUGAAUGUGAUGGCAUUGAUUUCUACCAAGACCUAGCCGACCAGUCAGAAUGCAAGGCCAUCACUCCUUGCCCAGCAGGCACGCGCACCACUGGGGCUGCGUCCAACAUUCGCAAUACCGUCUGCACAGCGUGCGAUGGUGUGACCCAAUUUCAGAACCAAGCUGGCCAGGCGACCUGUCUUCCAAUUCGGGAUGAGUGCAGCAUUGGCACGUACGAGGCAGCGGCGCCCACAACGUCAUCUAAUCGUGUUUGCGCCGCCUGCACUCCGGGCACCAAUUACGCCGACGAAGCCGGCCUAUCGCAAUGCAAGACGACGCAAACCUGCAUGCCAGGCCAGGCUAUGCUGGUCGAAGCCACCGUGGCCUCAAACCGUGUAUGCGUGGCUUGCGUGGCGCUUGCGUCUUUUAGCACGACGGAGAACGCAGUCAGCUGUGAACCAGUCACUCAGUGCGACGGUCGCACAGAGUACCAGGCGGUGGCCCCCACAGUCUCGUCAGACCGACAGUGUGCUGCAAUUGUCAGCUGUACGCUGGGCGAGACCUUUCGUGCAGAUGUCGAUGAGUGCCUACCCUGCUCCACCUGUAGCGCGGGAAGCUUUCAGCUGAUGGCAUGCCAAGAGGAUACAGACACGACGUGUCAGACCUGUACUGCGUGUCGCGCUACCGAGUAUGAAGCGGUCGGGUGCAGCACAUCCAGCAAUCGCGUGUGUCAACCCUUGACGAGUUGUGUGUUUGGCGAGCAGUUUGUGGCGCAAGCAGCAACUGCCACCACGGACCGUGAGUGUCAGAAUUAUCGCAGCGCCUGCGAUCUUGCUGAAGAGUAUCUCGUAGUCAACCCAACAUCCUCAACCGACCGCCGGUGUGCUGCGCUGUCCGUGUGCGCCGAGUUUGAGUUUGAGCUGAACGGCCCCACUGUCACGUCUGAUCGCCAGUGUGUCAACGCGACCGUCUGUGCCGAGGAUUGGUUGGAGGUUGUGCCACUGACUGCAACGUCAGAUCGUCAGUGUCGCCCACCCACCACAACCACCCCCGCGGCUUCGACUGCUAACGACAACGAAACCCUGGCAUCCCGCUCCAGCGAUGACGGGCUUGCCAGUUCGGAAAUGGCGGCCAUCAUUGCGGUGGUUUUGGUUAUUCUGCUUGUUGUUUUGGUUGCCAUGUACAUCAUGCGGCCUGCGUCGCGCGUAUACGAGUUGGAUGAUGCCACCACCAAGCCUGCAGGUGGAAUGGCUGUGACUACCGCGCCCAGCAAAGGCAAAGCGGCUGCCGCAUCUGUGGAGUUGACGCCGUUUUGGUCGCGUGUUGAGAUGGACAUGGAGCGGGUGCCAGAGCCGGGGCACCGUUUUCGACCUCAGUUUCGCAAGGCGUUUAUGGACGUGGACACAGACUUGUCUGUAGCCAAUCACUCACUUGCUGCCGAUCGUUCCGUCAUCUCUGGACCAACGUCAUAUCACCUGUAUCGCACGCCCGGCACCAUGUCGCCCGAGCCCAUGCUCAACCAUUCACAAGAUGAGAGUGUGGUGGAUAUGGGCGAGGACACGGCGCCCAUUCUCUUGCGCAAACGCGACAGCGAUGGGCGUGAAUGGCUGCACUCCCUUGCCAUGGCCAAUGCUGUGCAUCAGCCAAUGGCUGACCACGGCAACCCACUCGUGUCCACUCUUCAUCAGGCAGGCUCUCAACGGUCGGUGGUUCCUCCGGAUUACAACGCAUCGUCGCAUCUCCCCUCGCGACUCCCAUCGAUGGGUGGGUACUCCCACUACGAUGCUCCCCCCUCAUCAGCCGGACUCAGUGGCAUGCAACCGGUGUUUGAGGAGCCCGAGAGCAUGGGUGUAUCCCGGCGAUCGCAGUCGUCUGCCUUUGAGCCCGGAGCAGACCGCUACCUGAACAUGCAGCCAGACGAGGAUACUUCCUUGUAA